AUGCAAAUGGAUUCACUUUAUGAGGAUAUUGAAGUUGUUAGUGAAGGAGAGGAUUCUUUAUCGGAUUAUGGUGAUAAUUCCAUACCUACAAAGCUUGAAAUGAAAAACAGCAAAGCAUGCGAUAAAAUUGCAUCACCGAAUUUUGAUAACUACUUUUCUUCACCUUCUGAUGAUAGGAUUAGAUCUCCGAGUGUACCUAAUCUAUAUUCAUUGAGUGCUACGCCCUCUGAUGACAGUGAUCAUAAAAAAACAAAUUCAAUGCCAAAUUUGUCUAGGGAAGCACAAUUGGAACAGCUGAGGUUUAUUCAAUCGAUGAAUUUUUGUCAGAAUUUCUCAUCUAUAAUCAAUGAACAAUAUGACGAAAAUUAUUCAUGGAUUGAUUCUAUUGGAGAUUAUUAUAGAUAUGGUGACAAGGAAAAAUAUGUAGAACCAACUAAAUUACCAGAUAUUGAAUUGACCGAUAAAGACAUUAGUUCAUACUUGGACAGAAUCGAAGAAUUGUACAUUAACUACGAGAAGAGUAAAAUCAAACCAAAUAUUCAAUCAAACUAUUACGAGUCAGAGUUAGAAAGUACCUUUGCUAUGGAUAUUGCAAUUAAUAGAGAAAUGAUACCUGCAAUAUAUUUUGAAGAGGGAUUUGAUUUGGGAAAUGUCAAAACUUUUCAAGAAAUUUUCUCUGAGGAAGCCAUGUCGACAUCAUUACUUUUUCAAGAAAAAAUUUCACAUUACCUCGACAAGACUGAAAUUUUACUAAUUCAACACAUAACAUUCCGUUCCUCAAAGAUUUUUGAUGCCUUCUUCCAAUAUAAUCAGUUAGAUGAUGACUUACAAGUAGCUAUUCCUCUAGUGAAGGAGCUACGUCAAAAAAUCAAAGAUAUCGACAAUAUAUCAUCUAAAACACCACUGGAGGUCACUUCCCUUGUAAGGAGAAGGAAGAAUCUUAAAAAAACUCUAGAAAUGUACAAAGUAAUUUAUGCCAUUCAACAAGGUCAAGAAAUAAUUGAUGAAUUGAUUGAACGCAAUGAUUUCCUCUCUGCUUUGGAGCUCAUCAAUGAAACAAGAGAGGUCAUCAAAACAGAGUUUGCUAGCUUGAAGUGCUUCAGAAAUUUACCAGAGAAACUAAACGAAAAGACAAUAGAAAUUCAAUCCAAAGCACAAAAUUUAUUUAUUUCCAAAUUAAUAGAAGGAUACAUAUCCUUAUUCGAAGAUCCAAAGAAGCCCAAUGAAUCUUUGCAAGAUUUUAUCAAGACAUUAACCGAGAAUAAUCAAUCGAGAGAAAAUUUACAAGCAGAGUUUGAAAGCAUUGUAAAACCAAUCAUUGUUGUUACUGACACACAGUUUGUUAUUCACAAAUACAGAGAAAAAUUACUGGCAUUCCUGAACGAGAGGCUUGCUUCAACAAUUGAUAAGAAACUUUCCCAAUCCAAACCUAACACUGCUGGUGGAAAUGCACCAAAUUUAAAAACCUCCAACAGCUCUUCAACAGAAAAUAGUGGUUCAAAAUACUUGAGUUCCAAAAAUACACAACAAUUAGGAGCAAUAACCACUGAUCAGUAUAUAUCACUGAUUAGAGAUCUAGUCUUUGUAGGGCUGUCCCUUCUCCAAAAGAGUGCUGAUAUUAUGGUAGUUUUAUUCCACUUAUUGGAGGAUGUUAAUGAGAAGGAAAAAUCAAAAGCAUCCUACGUAUUACGAGAAUUUGAGAAGAUUAAUUCAACAAUUACAGAAAUAAUUCAUAAUAGACUUUCAUUGAUUGUAUCUUUGAGAGGAGAAGUGACACUUGUUAAAAAUAGCACAAAAACAGAAUUACUCACGUUUAUGGAUAUUUGUUUCACUUUUAUAGAAACUAGUGAAAAAAUUAUGGGAAAGAAGAUUAAUUUUUUGAAAAGUACUAUUCAAGCAGUUGGUAAAACAUUUUUGGAUGAGUUCGAUAAGCAACACUUGGAUAUUAUAAAAUCAGUUUUGGAAAAGGAGAAUUGGAUUUGGGUUGAAAAUAUUCAGCCAAAACAUCAAGAGACUGUAAAUAGCAUAACAACGAGCGUCCUCAAUGAUGAAUCUCAAUCAUCUACAUCUGAGAGCAAAUAUAUAGUAAUAGUCAACGAGAAAUUUCCAAUCUGUUCCAGUUUUUUACACUUGGUAAGAAUGACAAAGAAUUUCCUAGAUCUAUUAUCACCAGAACAUCAAAAGUUUAUUAACAGUUUAGAAUUAAGCACAAGAAUAUGUAACUUGUAUGGAACUUUUAAUAUUGAUGUAAAAAAUUUGAUUUUAAAAGCUGGAGCCAUCAACUCAAAAUCUGGUUUGAAAACUAUUACAGCCAAACAUUUAGUUCUCACAUAUGAAGUAUUGGGAGCAGUAAUUGCAUUCCUAACACAAGUUAAAAUUUAUAUCGAAAAUGCAGAUUCAUAUUUGAAAGGAAAAUUAUCAAAAUUUGAUAAUCUACUCACUGAUCUAAAAGAACACAAGAAAUCAAUUUUCCAAAAGCUGUUUGAUAUUAUGAAAGAUGUUUUAGAAGGUCAUGCUAAGGAAAUUGUAAAGUUUGAUUGGGAUGGAGGACAAAGAAAGGAUUCUCCAUUUGGAGCUAUCCUUAAAGCAUUAUUGUCAGUGUACAAGGUUCUAAAGUCAUACCUUAGCACACAUCCAAACGAUUUAAAGUCUCUCUUUACCAAAAUUGUUAUCAUGUAUUCAAGUAGAAUGAAGACAGGAGUACAAUCACUCCAGAGAACAGGAUUGAGCAGAAGGGCAAUCAAAAACCUAAAGGAAGAUGUUGUUUCAGUAUCGAAACAAUUCCAACAAUGGUCAGAUGCUAUUGCAGACGAUUUCGAUAUGAAUGAAGUGGAUAGUUGCUUUAAUGAAUGUUUUGUUGUUGCAACUCCUUCCAACCUGGUAACCAUACCAGCUCAGGCAACAACCGACCAACCAAGCAACUCAAAUAAAUGA